UUGUGUGCACUGCAGCGGGUAGGCUGCAAAAGUUUAUUCAUUUUAAUAAAGUUAUUCUUUUAUAAACUAGCCCAACAAACCAUGAGACCUUAUAAAAGUAGCCCAAAAAGUAGCAACCAACGGCUGUCUUUUUAAAGUAGCCCAAUCCCGCGGGAAAACCGCGGACCUGGCAACACCGGACCCAUAAUGCAAUUUCGCGCCCAAAGGGAUUGAACGUUUCACUGCAGAGUGUCAAUCAAUAUAGAGCACCAAUCAGAAAGGAGAAUCGCCUGCAUAUCCCACCUUUUACAGACGCCGUUAUAAGGAUAAGCUCCGCCCAGAACGGGGGUCUUGGUUUCAUCUUUCUGUUGGUUUUGCGUUAGGCGGGCGUUGUGACUGUGGGGGAGAAAAAAGAAAAAUAACGUAGAUGGCCCAUGGUUUUAUGAAGACGAUUCAGUGUGUUAAAGAAAAAUAAAAAGACAUUCGCGUUUCAGCAUAGUAUAGCUUCAACAGUAUGAGUUAGAAUUGCAAACGCCGGUUAAUUUUAUUAAGACUAACAGCGUGUCUGGCUUAAAUGGAAUUAAUUACCAGCCUGGACUGAAGCAAGUCAAGCGAACUCGCGUGACAGUCAGUUAAUAAUUCCAGUUGCUGGCGCGUCCUUUAAAGAGGCGCGUGUGUGUGCUGAAGGCAUCGUACUGACGUUUUUCUGCAACCUGCCUGCGUUGGGUUUUUUUUUCGGGACGCCGUGUCUUCUGUCUGCUCCUAUCCACAAUAUCUACGAAGGAGAUUUGUGAGUAGCAAAUAAAUACAUAAAAUAAAAAGGCCUCCUCAUAACUGAAAAAGAGCAAUUGGCUAAUGUUAACGUGCACCAACGGAAAAUAAAUAAUAAAAUGACAGUAUGGGCCCCAGCGAGUUAUGCUAGCUCCAUAUAGAACAAAAGGAACGAAAUUUACACGAGUUUGCAUUGCAUUGGACUUGCUUUUGUUUUCUUUUUGAAUGAUAUAUGACACACAGACUGGACAGGAAGACGGGCAGAAAUCCACAACCUAAACACCAACAGACUCAAGCUAGUAAUCAAGUGGUUCCUGUCGUGCGGCGCUAAUGCACGUCUUCUCGUGACUGACUGAUGGAUUCUCCUGUCGGACCUGAGAUCGAAAGUAAAGCUCCACGGGUCGGGGAGAUGGACUGUCUUUGGAAAUUAUCCCCAGACUUAGGACUGUCGCCAGUUUCUGACCUGUCUGUCAACAUGGGAAACCUACCCUUUGAAGAAAGCACCACCCCCAGGAGAAAACUGCAGCUGUCCCCAGAGCUCCUGACUCCGAGCCCCACUCCAGCAAUCAACGUUUCCCCGGAGACACAGAUGCUGACAGGCUGCAUCGUUCCACAGGAACCCAGCGGGAAGAGACGUGGCGAUAGGCAUAGCAGUCCUAAAAACUCUAUGCCUAAACCAAGAAAGCAGUCUGGAAGAGAUCAACUGAAGAAAGAAGAGAAUGAAUCCCGAGCAGACAAAGAAAAUAGACGAUGUCGAGUUAAACUGUUUACUAGCCCAACUGCACCCAAAAGCAAAUGGAAAUCUGGAGGUAGAAAGAGCAAGAGCCCAGAGAGUGAGGAGCUCUGUAAUCGGAGCAGGAAAGAGGCUUCGCGGGAGAGCGAUCCAGCGAUACACAGAGUGCCCUCUUUCCGAGUGGUACAGUCCAGACAGCAGGUUCCCCCAGUGGAGAUGCCAGACCCGUCGGCCGAAGACAGAAACCGGAUUGGAGAUUUCAGCAGGCCUCACCUCCUCUGUGUGGAAAAGGGAGAUCAUCAGGACCUCCACUACGUCUCACCACAGACGGUGGCAUCAGUACUGAGAGGCGAGUACAGCGGUGCUGUAGAGAGGUAUCUCAUUAUCGACUGCCGCUAUCCCUAUGAGUACAAAGGAGGCCACAUCAGGGGAUCCUUGAAUCUACAUAGUGAGUCUCAGCUCCUUGCUGCCUUGCUUCAGGAGCCAACCUUGUCUAGGUCCUCACCACGAGCCAAGCUGCAGGAGAGUCCAUCUACACAAGUCAUGCUACAGGACAACCCCCCUGUGAAACCCAUUCUGCCAGACAGCCCCUCCACAACUGCACCUGAGCAGGAGAGUCCUCCUACGAGAACUGCAUUACAGGAGAGUCCUCCUACGAGAACUGCAUUACAGGAGAGUCCUCCUACGAGAACUGCAUUACAGGAGAGUCCUCCUACGAGAACUGCAUUACAGGAGAGUCCUCCUGCGAGAACUGCAUUACAGGAGAGUCCCUCGACCCCAGCCACAUCGAAGGAAAGUGCUCUUGGGAGAAUCACUGUACAAGAUAGCUCCACUCCAAGAACCCUGCUCAUCUUCCACUGCGAGUUCUCUUCAGAAAGGGGCCCUCGGCUAUGUCGGUUUAUACGGAAGAUCGACCGAAACUUGAAUGUUUAUCCUCAACUGUAUUACCCAGAGAUAUAUAUUCUGAAGGGAGGUUACAAGGAAUUCUACACCCUGUUUCAGAGCCUCUGUGAGCCAUGUGGCUAUGUGCCUAUGGUUCACCAGGACUUUGCUGAUCAGUUGCGAAGAUAUCGGAGGAAGAAGCGUUCUAGGCCAUCUCUGUUUGGGAGGAGGAAGCAGCUGGUUGGACCGGGAAUGGAGGCGUGAACUGAGACUAAUGGGAAAAUGAAGAUAAAUGGCAUUGGGCAGAAUGGAGUGAACUUAUAUGAACUGGGAACUGGAGUGAAUCUGAAUUGAGGGUUGAACUGGAAUGGGGAAUCAGUAAAUGAGGACAGUGCAACUGGGAUGAGGCCAAUGUGUAAUAAGAAAAUAUUUAAAAGAAAAUAUUUAACUUGACUAUUAUAAAAGGAAUAUUUAAAACAUUAAAUGUAUUUGUUUUUAUAAAAGAUUAAGAACAGAGUUUGAGAUGCCUUGAGUAUAGCUCAUGAGGAAAAACAAAAUCAUGAUGUCAUUUUAAAUGUGUCUUCUUGUGGCCUAUUGUUUUCUGUUUAUUGUUCUUAUUUAUACAAGUUUACAAAAAUUAGUAAGAAACAUCUUAUUCCAUUUACAAAAAGGUGGAGGGAACUUUGCACUUCAGUCACAGCCCCAUUAACUUUAUAACGGAGCUAAUCAGAUAUCAAGCUGGUUAAAAUGUUAAUUUAAUUUCCCUGUGUAAGGCUGAGCUCACUGGGAACCAAUGAGUUAAAACAUGUUGAGAACACUGCCACUGCAGACACCAGCCAUUCUUCUCCUCUGCCAGCAGGGGUCUCCUCUCUCUCUCUCUCUCUCUCUCUCAAAAGACCUGUUUCUUACUCCACUGAUGCUGCACAAUCAGUGGUCUCUUCAUCAAUACUGAGGGUCUAAACUAAUAGCUGGAAUCACGGUCUCUCUCAUCCCACCUCCUGCUGUUUCUCCCUCCAUUGCAGGUCUCAAUAAACUAUGUAGCAGUUGCAACCUGCAGUCCAAAGAAAA